AUGAACCAAUGGGCCAAUGGCCAGGCCAACGGCAUGUUCUCCCAAAAUCAGGCCGCACAGGGCCACCUCAACCCCUCGCAGAUGUACUCCAACCUGGGCAACGGCAAUGCGAACAACCUCGAUCUCAGCCAAUUCACUCAGGGUCUCCAGAAUGGGACCUCCUCCUCCACCCCGAACCCUUCCUUAUACCCUAGCCAGACCUUCCAGCCGGGCUCGGUGAUACCCGCGAAACGGCCGCAUGACGGUAUAUCUGGCUCCCCGGUGCAAGGCCAGGGCUCGCGCGCGCAGACUCCCAACUUUGGUGGUGCCUUCUCAAACCAGCAAGCAGGACAGCAGUUUCCCACUCCAUACGCGCAUCUCCAACAACAGGCCGGUUCCAACAAUGCCACUCCAUCACCCACAAUGUCGAACCAGCAGUUCCGACCACCCACGCAGCCACAGCAGCGCAUGCAGAACGCGUCGCCGAGUCCCUUCCCACAACAGCAGCAGCAGGGCGGGUAUGGGAACCAGAUGUCACCCGCCAACUCACAAAUCUCAAAUCUACCGACGAGCAUGCCGCAACAAAAUCCAAUGGCCGGCUUCAACCAGCAGUUUGGAAUGGGCGGCAACAGCAAUAUGGGCAUGGCAGGGAUGGGUAACUCUGCGCAAGGCCAGUUGGGCAACAAUAUGGGCAAUAUGAGAAACUCUCAACAGAUACAGCAGAUGUAUCAGCAACGACUCCUGCAGCAAACAGCGGAGAUGCGGAACCGCAGCAUGAUGCAGCGUCCGAUGGGCGCGCAACAGAAUCAGGCAAUGAACAAUGCUGGCCAGCAGAGGGGCACCAACCCGAUGGCGAACGGACAGGCUGGUGCUCAGAUGAAUGCGAGCGCGCUGCAAGUACAACAGCAUCAGCAGAAGAGAGCGAGCUUCAUCAACACACUCAAGAGCCACGCGUUGCAGCAAAACAAGCAUUUUGACGAACAUCCCAUCAUCGCUGGUCGGCCGGUGGACUACCUGAUGCUCUGGACGGCCACUACGCAACUAGGCGGCUCUGCCAGAGUGGAGCAAAGCGGACUUUGGCCGAACAUAGCAGCCAGAUUGGGCUUCCCGCAGAAUGUUGUUCCCAUGGCGGCUGAAGAGCUCAAGCAACUGCACAAUCAUGCUAUAGGAUAUUAUGAGCGAGCGUGGUUUGCGGCCAGACAGCAGGGCGGCCAGGCGAGUAAGCAAGAGCAGGCAAGGAUGCAUGCGCAUCAGAUGGCGGGGGUUGGUGGUCCUGAUCAAGCGUCGCCGACGAAGAUGCAGGCCGGUAUGCAGCAAAGUCAGCUUGCGCAGUUCCAGCAGAAUCAGCAACAGCAAGCUCAAGCAACACCCAUCCAAGCGAACGCGCAGUUACCACAGAAUGGCAUGGUCACGCCACAACAGCAACAGCAGAUGCUUCAGCAUCGGCGGAACAGCAGUCUGAGAAAACCCGAGCAGAUGACACCUCAAGGCGGAGCGGCUGCUCCAUCUCCAAUGUCUGCCGGUAAAGCCCCACAGCGCUCGCCGUCAGUCAAGCAAGAAGCGGCGACCUCACCGUUGGCCAAAGAGGCGCCUCAAAGUAAGAACUACGUUCCAGCCGCGCGGACUGCCGGAUCGGAUGGGUCGUAUGGUGGCCUGGAUGUUCCCAGUAUGACGGCCGUUGGCGAAGCGAUCGCGAGACAUAGACCGGACAUGCCAUCGAUUACUGAGAUGGGGCUGGUCGACACGAGAGCCAUCACGCUGAGUCUUGCAUCUGGAAUCCAUGCCGAGGUGAGGUAUGCGCUUGACACGCUUGCGAUGCUUUCAAACGAGCAUAACGUGGCCUUCGAUCUGGAGAAAUGCGAGGAUCUGAUGGAUGUCAUCGUCGACUGUGCCGAAGAGCAGGUGGACAAGCUUUCUGAUGAGGCUGUCGAGGUGUCGGACGCAUUGGACUUGGCGCCGUAUGAAGACAUCAUGAGGGCAAGUCGAGCAGAAGCCGAGACACUGCAAGAAGUACAUACGCUGGGCACGAAGGCAUACGACUUGGACCGCGUUGCCGAUAAGGUGAUCGCCAUCACCACAAUCCUGCGCAACUUCUCCUUCUACGAGCACAACCAUCGACUACUGACACAAAGCUCACUCUUGAAAUGGCUCAGCGAUACCAUCCGGCUACUCGGGACGCGCAACAUGCUCCUGCGCACGUUCUACAAUACCCAGGACUUCUACAAAGACAUGAUCAUCUUCCUCUCCAACAUCACGCAAAGCCUGGAACUCCCCAGCCGCGACGACGCCCUCCACAUCCUACACUUCCUCCUCGCGUUCGCCCCCCAACCGGCCCCCAGCUACUCCGAAAGCGGCGGCAAAAUCAGCUUCUCCAGCUUCGCGCCGCUCGUCCACCGCUACCUCCCGCCGGCGGUCGACUGCCUCGCCAAACUCCUCGCCCGCCAAGACCCGAACCGUAUGCUGUACAAAAGCAUCUUCACCGCCUCCUCCUCCUCCCUCGCCAUCUCCGAAUCGCCCCUCGACCUCCUCACCCGCGCCUUUGCCCUCUCCAUCUCCGUCCUACCGAACCGCGUCGCGCGCCAGGGCACCGGCACCCUCCUCCGCAUCGUCGAAGCGCGCAAAGCAUACCUCACGCAAGGUAUGCUCGCCGCCGACAUCCUGACCUCCCUCAUGCCCGGCAAUGAGCCCGAGCUCGCACGCGCGUGGGUGGAGAGCGAGGACGGCUGGGCGACGGGUUUGCUCAGCUUAGCGGCCGUGUUGUCGGUGGACAAGCAGCAGCAGCAUCAGCCGAUGAGCAAUAAACCGCGGGACCUGGGGCUCGAUCACGAUACGUUCAGGUUGAUCGCGCAUCGGGCGCUGACGAUGAUGAAGCGGUUGGUGGAGAAAGCUGGCAAGGUCGGCGCUGCUGCUUCACAACACCAGCAGAACGGGGCUGUGAAUGGUUCUUCGACCCGCAAUGCCGAGGGGGAAGAAAAAGACAGCUCUACGGCGGUGGCGGUGCAGAAAUGGAACGGCGUGCCCACGAGCAAUGUCAUUCUCGGCGCGCUCACGCAUCCGGAUGCGGAUAAGACGGCGCUGCGGCUGCUGUGUGGGUUGUUUGAGAUGAGCAUGCAGCAGGCGGUCAGCUAG